AUCUCCGUAUGACCUCAAGCUCUGCUGGAUAACAGGGUCUCACUUUUCUGUUCAAACAGUGAGAGCGUCAGAAAGGGAAUGGGACAGACAAGAGACAGAGGUAGACAGAGGUGUGACUGAGUGGAAGACAGAGUCAGGGAAGCUAAAGGCGAGCUGGUCCUUCCAAUUUAUGUCUAGAAACCCAGAAAAAGGCAAACUAGCGGUAGAUUUUCGUGCGUAAAAAAGAGAGUAGGCUUCCCUCUAAAUUCUUAAGUUUUACAACACUUCUCCUCCAGGCUGAACAGUUAUUCCGAGGUAGUGUCCUCUGUGGAGUUUUCUUUGUCUCCGCAAGUGACACUAAAGAGCACGGAUUACAAUGAUAAGGAUUUUAGAGGUUUGGAUCACCUCGGUGGCCAUUUCUCUGCUGGUUAAAGGGGCUCUUGGAGGUUAUGGGAUGAGUAUGUUUGCUGCCCAGUCGUCCCCUCCAGACCCAUGCUAUGAUGAGAACGGCAACCCCCGGAGGUGCAUCCCCGAUUUCGUGAACUCUGCUUUCGGGAAGGACGUGCGCGUCUCCAGCACCUGUGGAACCCCGGCCUCAAGGUACUGCGUCGUGACCGAGAAGGGUGAGGAGAGGACUAGGGAUUGCCACACCUGUGAUGCAGGGGACCCAAAGAAGACUCAUCCACCCGCGUAUUUAACUGAUCUCAACAACCCUCAUAACCUCACCUGCUGGCAGUCAGAAAACUAUGUCCAGUAUCCUCAGAACGUCACGCUCACUUUGUCCUUGGGUAAAAAAUUUGAGGUMACCUAUGUGAGCUUGCAGUUCUGUUCACCCCGACCCGAAUCUAUGGCUAUCUUYAAGUCMAUGGACUAUGGCAAAUCMUGGGUUCCUUUCCAAUUCUACUCUACCCAGUGUAAGAAGAUGUAUAACAAGCAGAAUAAGGCGGCAAUUACCAAGCAGAACGAACAAGAGGCGAUUUGCACAGACUCUCACACGGACAUGCACCCGCUGACAGGUGGGCUCAUUGCGUUCAGCACCUUGGAUGGCAGACCCUCGGCGCACGACUUCGACAACUCUCCCGUGCURCAGGACUGGGUGACAGCCACCGACAUCAAGGUKRCRUUCAGCCGACUGCACACGUUUGGGGAUGAGAACGAGGACGACUCGGAGCUGGCUAGAGAUUCCUACUUUUACGCGGUAUCAGACCUGCAGGUUGGCGGGCGGUGCAAGUGCAACGGYCACGCUUCAAAGUGCGUAAAAGAUAGGGAAGGAAACCUGGUAUGCGAGUGCAAGCACAACACCGCGGGACCGGAGUGUGACAGGUGCAAACCUUUCCAUUAUGAUCGUCCUUGGCAGCGCGCAACCGCAAGAGAGGCAAACGAAUGUGUUGCCUGCCACUGUAACCUGCACGCCCGGCGCUGUCGUUUCAACAUGGAGCUGUACAAGCUGUCUGGGCGGAGGAGCGGCGGAGUCUGUCUCAACUGCCGCCACAACACGGCCGGACGCCACUGCCACUACUGCAAGGAGGGCUUCUUCCGGGACAUGUCCAAGGCCAUCUCCCACAGGAGGGCCUGCAAAGCGUGUGAUUGUCAUCCAGUUGGCGCAGCCGGCAAGACCUGCAACCAAACCACYGGCCAGUGUCCCUGCAAGGACGGCGUGACCGGCAUCACCUGCAACCGCUGUGCCAAGGGCUACCAGCAGAGCCGCUCUCCUAUCGCCCCCUGCAUAAGAAUCAGUUGUGCAUCGCCCACCUCCACCUAUACCAGCUCUGAAGAGCCCUUAGACUGUGAUUCUCACUGCAAGGCAUCCAAGGGCAAGCUGAAGAUCAACAUGAAGAAGUACUGCAARAAAGACUAUGGUGAGUCCACUGUGCAGGAAUUAUAUGCCCAGGCGUCGGCCAGCGGUCGAGGGUCAGAUGUAUUUAUUAGUCACAGGCAUGCCCACUCCCAAGCCCCUCUCUGUGGCUUAUUCAAGCUCCCAGGAUUAGAGUCAUUGCAUCAAAGGGAAAUGGUCUCGGAACUGAGCCCAGGGGACCCCGCUGAUGGACAGGCCAACCAGUAUUAGACUGAGGAGUGCUGC